UGGGUUCGCGUGAUUUUCUGGUUGAUUUGGAGUUAUGAGUUGGAAAAAUCCACUGGGAUUAGUGAGUUAUUAGCUACAUAUCAAGCUUAGUUAAAGUGGGAAUUUGGAAUUUAGUUUCUGCUUGGUAGUGGAUCGUAUUUUGGGUUUUUGGUAUUGAGUGUGUUUUGUAAUGGAUAGUUCAGGUCUGGGAGGUGGGUUUUUGUCGGGUCCAAAUGGGGGGAUACUAGACUUGGAAUCACCGAUGCAUAGACACCAAACAAGGCAGUUGGGUCAUUCCUCAUUAGCACAUCAACAUCACAUGAGUGUGAUGGGUGGUGUUGAGGAUGAACCCCAUCCGAUUUCGCUUAUGGAAGUGAAAGGAUCAGCAUCGAAAGGUGUUUCUAUGUUCGGUAAAGGGAAAGGAGUUGCCCCCAUAAAUGGUAAUCAUGGUUACAAUCUGAGUGAAGAAGAUGAGCCGAGUUAUAUGGAAGAUGGCAGUGGCGAGAACUUUGAUGGGGUUAAGGGGAAAAAGGGCUCUCCGUGGCAGCGAAUGAAGUGGACGGAUAAUGUGGUUAAGCUUCUUAUUGCCGUGGUUGCUUGUGUGGGCGAUGAUGGAAUGGUUGCAGGUGGGGAGGGGCUUAAGAGAAAAUCUGGGAUUUUACAGAAGAAGGGAAAGUGGAAAACAGUUUCAAAGAUAAUGAUCAGUAAAGGCUGUCAUGUGUCGCCUCAGCAGUGUGAAGAUAAGUUUAAUGACUUGAACAAAAGGUACAAAAGGUUGAAUGAUAUACUUGGGAGGGGAACUAGUUGUAGAGUGGUGGAGAAUCCUGCUCUUAUGGACUCAAUGCCCCACCUAUCAGCUAAGGCAAAGGAUGAUGUUAGAAAGAUACUGAGCUCAAAACACUUGUUUUACAAAGAAAUGUGUGCUUAUCACAAUGGGCAAAGGAUUCUUGAUUGCCAUGAUAUUGAUUUGCAAGGUUAUUCUUUACCUCUUGAAAGGUGCUCAAAAGAUAAUAAUGGAUCCGAUGAGGAAGAAGCUGAGGAAAAUCAUGAUAGUGAGGAUGAUGAUUUAGAUAAUGAAGACGACAAUAAUGAUGACAAUGAUGGGGAGAGGAUGACCGAGUUUGGUGAUAGGAAGAAGGUCAACGAAGAGGAUUUCCAUUUUUGGACCUCCCCACAGGAUAGUUUUGAAGGUGAAAUGGCUAGGUUUUUUCAAGACCCCACAAAGUCCUUAUGGGAGCGGCGAGAGUGGGUUAAGAAACAGAUGAUGCAACUCGAAGUACAAAGAGUCAACGUCCAGGCUGAGGCUCUUGAGCUUGAGAAGCAGCGGUUUAGGUGGUUGAGAUACUGCAGCAAGAAAGACAGAGAGCUUGAGAGGUUGAGGCUGGAGAAUGAGAGGAUGAAAUUAGAGAAUGAGCGGAAAGUACUGCAACUGAGGCAGAAGGAGCUGGAAUUAGAUUUGAGGAGGUCAGAGGCUUCCUUGGAACAUUCUUCUCUCGGCAUUGAUAGACUGCAAGGGAGAGAUCAGAUUGAUUUGGGUAGGCAUCAAUAGAUUUUGAGCUUGAGUACUGGCAAUGUGUUGUGAGUAUUAUGAUUUACGCUUCCUGUUUAUCCUUGUCCCCAAAACUUUUAAAGCACACUAACCUUGUGAAGCAUGUAUACUCCUCUAGGUUUUAUCCCAAGAAUUAUUAACUUUUUGUACUGCUGCUAGCUUUCUACUUUGUAAAUCUGAAAAGUUUGCUUGUCACUUCUUCUUUCUUCAUUUUUUUCUUGUUGCCUGGCCCAUGUAAUAGGCCUUUCUUCAACUUUAAUCGUAUGUGAACAAUAGCAGUCAGAAAAUUUUAGUGUGUGCAAAUUGCAUAGCACAAUUGACAAUACCUCCAGAGGAGGGUCAACUAUUGUACAAAUUCUCGGUUGCAUUACUUUUCCUGUGGGUUUGAGUGACUUGUCCAUGAAGAAAGUUUCGGGGAUUUCAGUUGCUUGUGGAGUUUGAAUUUAUCAACUUGUGU